AGUCGCUUUCGUGCUGUUGAGUUGGCUUAGCAAGCCGGCGCGGUUUUGUCUUACUUAUCGAAUUUUCGGCGCGCGAUUCUUUAGUCACAUUAUGGUAUCAGUCUGGGAAAAUAUGUGCGCCUAAAUUAAUGCAAAUAUCUAGAAAAUAUGGCUGAAUCUGGAAUAGAUCUGAAUUACGACUUGUCGGCGCUCUUGACCGACGAUUUCGAUAUCGAAAGUGCCAUCGAUUUUGACGAUUUGCUGGGAACACCGAAAAAUCAGGAAUAUUACCAGCUAACAUCAAAAACUAUGCCAGUCUCCGAAAGUACACCAAAUUUGAAGACAUCGACGCCGCAGACACGAACCCAAUUGAAGCUACAAUUAAUGAGAGAUCAUGCAAUUUUAGAGCAACAAAGACAAACCGCUGAAAGGCAAAGACAACAAGAACUGAAGCAAAGUCAAAGACCAUCACCAGCUCCUGUAAAGGUGCCAUUGCAUACGCUAGCGGUGGAUGUGCCACCUCAAGUUUUGGAGGUGCAAACAAAACUGGAGAAUCCCACCCGGUACCAUGUGAUGCAAAAGCAGAAGAGCCAAGUCAAACAGUACCUGAGCGAAUCGUUUCAAAGUCCGUGCCAUCCAGCGUUCCUCACGGAUUACCAAAGAAAAAUGACUGUGAAUCAAACGAAUAGCGCCCCACCGGGGGUGCAGGCUCAGAAUAUGCCACUUCAGAACUCAAUGAGCACGAAUUUAGCUUCAUCUCAAACGCAAUCCUACCAAUCGCAAGUUUCUCCUAACUACGAUAUUCCAUCAUUAUCGCCAGCUUUAAGUUCUGGCGCCACUAGUGCUUCUGAGGCUGAAGAAUUAAUAGAUGACUUAUUGUCAUUGGAAUCAAGUUCGCUGGCCUCAGACGGCUUCAAAACAUCUGAUAGUUCCUUAGCCAAUGAUAUUAACAUAAAAAACGAGCCAUUUUUACUUAGUGAGGCGGACCUCCAUGCGAUGGCAAAAGAUCGACAGAAAAAGGAUAAUCAUAAUAUGAUUGAACGUCGAAGAAGAUUUAACAUAAAUGAUCGGAUCAAAGAAUUAGGGACGCUACUACCGAAAAACAACGACCCUUAUUACGAAAUCGUCAGGGACGUAAGACCGAACAAGGGCACCAUUCUAAAAUCGUCUGUUGAAUAUAUCAAAUGUUUGAAGAAUGAAGUCAUUCGGUUGAAGCAAACAGAAGCACGACAGAAACAAAUGGAGAAUAUGAAUAGACGGUUGCAGUUACGAGUUCAGGAGCUCGAAAGACAAGCCAAAUCCCAUGGCCUUCCAAUACCGGACUUCAACUGGCAGAGUCUCUCGCUUAACAACAAUCCAUCACCGUACAACUUUAACAAUCACGCCAUGGAUCAGAGCUUGGAUCACAAUCUAGAUCACAGCUUGGAUCACAAAAUUGACCAUGGAUUAGAUCACAGCCUAGAUCACUUGGAUCACAAUCAACCGCCUUCGGUUACUGAUAUGAUGUCGCCAAUGUUUCCGGAUCACAGUCGAAAAAUGCCAGACGUAAUAUCCGAUGCGACAUUAAGUUUAACAGCAGCGAUGGAAGAAGCUAUGGACGAUGAUGAUCUCGUCUAUAGCGUGAAUGGUGAUCCCAUGCUGUCUUCUCCUAAUGCACUCACACGAGACACUUUUCUCGUGAGAAACGUGUCUCCUGUUCACCAUAGAUCUGGCGAUCCUCUGCUUUCAGAAGAACGCAUACCAUCUCCCACGCCCACCAGCCAUAUGGACGAAGGGGGAGAUACCUUGAAUAUAGAUAUGAUAGCAUGAUCUUAAUCUCCUGUAUCUUGCGAGAUUUAGAUUGUAGCUAGAUAUAGAGAAUUUAUUCUUACGCUUGAUCUGCUAGAGUGAAACUGCCUAAAAUGUAUUUGGCCGCGAAAAAGUGGCUAAAAUUAGACAGAACAUGUUUUUCUAAUAUUCAAUAGCACGCUCAAUACAGUGGAGUUAAUGGUUUUAGCAUUGGCACAUGAAGCUAAAAAGAUCAUCUCAAAAUUGAUUACUCCUUUACAUUCCACACCAUAGACGCAAUUGAGAACAAUUAAAGUUAAAAUUGGCCGGUUUCUGGACCUUGUUCCUGGCUGUGUUGUGCUGUGCGAAUAAAAAACACACGAUUUGCUUUACCAAAGUAAAUCAGGCAAUUGAACGAUGGCGAGAUUACCAAAUUAGUACAUGAACUUUCCUAGAAAGUCUGCUUAAUCUGAUUUAACUCAACGUUUUAGUUUUGUAUUCAGUUUAAAUCAUUAAUGCAAUAGAUUGUCAUUCAAAGUGCUUGGAGCUGGUACGAUGUCAGUUUAUUUAAAAUAGGUUGCAAGCAUUUGUGUUGAAAUAAAUGAAAACCUAGACGGAUCUCAGUAAUGAAUAAUCUGGUUCUAAUACGCGCUUCAACUACCUAAACUCUUAUUUUCUUUGGCCAUGUAUCAUUUUCAUUCUAGAUGUAGCUAACAGUAAGCGCUUUUGUGAUACUUCAAUCAAUACAUGAAAUGGCAUUAUCACAUAAAAUUCUUCUUUCAGGACAAUAACGAGAAUAGUAUUUAAUGUUCUCUAAUCUCUUAGCCGGAUAAGAAGUGUGACCAAAUGGGAAAAGUGCAGUUAGCAUUUCAAAGGUUACCAACUCAACAAUUAGUAUUAUAUGUUUUAAGUGGUUGCCUAAAAAUUUGGUUAAGUAUCAUAAAGUACUCAGUAGUACAUAAUGAAUUUAGCUUUAGCAAAUUUCAGUUAAGGUCUAAACUGGAGAGUUUUUAGACUCUGAGAAUGUAAGUUUGAAAAACGAUUUCCACGACGGCAUAGAAGCCCGAAAAACUCAUCACUUUGAGGCAAAGCCAAACUCUUUUAAUUCAGUUAAGGUCGUUACCAGUCUCUUGGUCGUUACCAAUCGCAAUACUAUUAAGAUAUUAAAAUUGUAAGCUACCAACUCUUCUAUAGAAUGCACAUUAAAAUGGAUUUUUUUGUCACUCUGUAUUUUGAAAUGUUGAUAAAAUAGUGCAACCUUUGAUGGAAAUGACACAUUGUUUCAAAGCAGAAAAACCGGCAAUGAUACACAGGCAAUUUUGAUACAUAUAUGUAUAUUCAGAUUGCUGAUUGAAAAUCGUUACUGUAAUAUAAUACGUAUAAUUUUUGUCAAUUUCAGAACUCUAUAUGUGCCUGUUAGAAUGUUUACAUUAUUUUCUACUUUAAGCCUAAAACAGUGUUAAUAUAAAAGUGAAUAUUAUUAACGGAAAACUACUGAUGAUAUUCAUAAGUGAUAUUGUUGUUGAUAAAUUUUAUUGCAUGUUGAAAGUACGUAAUUACUUGUUAAGAGUGACAAAAUAGUUUUAUACUACAAUUCGUUGAAAUACGUAUUUUUAAUAAAUUUCGAAAGUGUUCUUGAAUUUACUA